UCGGGAAAACCUGUUAAAAAUGAAAGCUACACUUGCAGCAUUCCUAAUAUUCAGCGUAAUUUCCGUUGCUCUGGCCCACGAAUGGGCCCAGCCGGGAAAGUGUGUGCAGUUCUAUAGUUUGAACAACGGUAAGCGAUUGGCCGCUUUGGACUCGAAACAUGACAGGGAUCGGCGCUAUGCCGGUACUGUUGGCGGUGCCGGCGAUUAUUGGAUCGUUACAAAGGACGAAAGAUAUGCCGACCAUUACAAAAUCAAACACAGAGAUAACGGCGAAGAACUGUUCGAGUCUGAACAGAACUACCAUGGCAACUACAUAUUCACCUGGGUGCCGAAAACGCUGAUCAACGAUGGGGGUGCUUCGUGGAACAUCAUGCGGGCCGGCAACGGAAAUUACAAGCUCAAAAAUAAAAAGUUUAACAACUGCUUGUGGCAAGCCGAAAGUAAAAUAAGUGCCUUUGAAGCGUGUGACAAUAAUGAUUAUUUGUGGAAACUUUUUGUCUAUCCAUGCUCAGCAAACAAAGGAUAAUGAAGAGUAUGAAGGAGUUUUGUAAUGCCCCGUUUCUUUUUGUAAAUUUCCCGGAAAUUCCCGAAAUACAAACGAAAUUAACAUUUUCCUAACUU